GGUGAGUUAUUAAAAUAUUUAUACCCCAAGAAUGCAGUCAUAGAUGCUGAAACGGUGUUAUAUUAGACCAAUUUAAACUGACUGUAGAUAUUUAAUCUGUGUGAAUGUGUUUGUGUCUGUAGAUGUGUUUGGUGAUGAAGUGAAGUCAGUGUCAGUGAUGGAGGGAGAUUCUCUUACUCUAUACACUAAGAUUAAACUACAGAGAGAUGAUCUGAUACUGUGGAGAUUUGGACCGCAAGCAACUCUUAUAGCUCAAAUCUAUAAAGAGGCUAAUAAGAUCUCAAUAAAUGAUGAUGUUCUUGAUGAGAGAUUCAGAGACAGACUGCAGGUGAAUAAUCAGACUGGAGAUCUCACCAUCACAAACAUCACAACUCAACACACUGGACUUUAUAAUAUAACCAUCAGAGGCAAACAGAAGACAUCAUACAGAUUCAAUGUUACUGUCUAUGCUCAUCUGCCCGUUCCUGUUAUCACCACACAAAACUCUUCACAAUGUUCAAACUGUUCAUUAUUGUGUUCAGUGUUGAAUGUGAGAGAUGUGAGUCUGUCCUGGUACAAAGGAAACAGUUUAUUGUCCAUCAUCAGUGUGUCUGAUCUCAACAUCAGACUCUCUCUAUCUCUGGAGGUUGAAUAUCAGGAUACAAACACAUACAGAUGUGUACUCAACAAUACCAUCACAAACCAAACUCAACAUCUCAACAUCACUCAUCUCUGUCAGACGUGUCCAGGUCUCACCUUCAUUCAUAUAGUUGUGAUCUGUUGUGUUGCUGUUGGAUGUCUGAUGAUUGUCACUUUAGUUCUGAUCGUCUGCAUCUACAGGAAACACAGAAACACACAGCAACAGGUUCAGAGUGGUGAAGAGGAAAUCACUUACGCAGAAACAACUUUCCAUAAAAGACAAACAUAUAAACAAAGAGCUCCAGUGGAGGAUAACGUGGUGUAUGCAAGAGUCAAGGGACGAUGAUCAAACUCAGCUGAAACAUCAAAAAGAUAUUGUAAAACUAAACCAAACUGUAAAAGAUUAUUUAAAAAAAUUAUUAAAAUAUAAAUAUAAAGGGUCAUAGUGGGUUUAAAGGACAUACAUGCAUACAUACAAACAAACAUGCGUACAUUCUUGAAGGACUCUUAAAGGAAAACAUCACUGUUUUUCAAUAUUUUACUUUGUUCUUACCUCAACUUGGACAAAUCAAUACAUACCUAUCUAUUUUUAAUAGAUAGCACUUUUAAUCUUUGUACAGCGUGUUGUGAAUAUAUAUAUAUAUAUAUACAUAUAUAUAUAUACAUACCACAACAGCCGCUUGUUUAUGUUGUUACUGUUAUAAACAAGCGGCUGUUGUGGUCAGCACGCAGCUUCCGGUAAACUUCGCUAAGAAUAAAUAACAACUAAGUUCUUUAAACGUAGUUUAUUUAUAU